GGUGCGGUGGCCGGUCUGGGCGCAGGUCUGGUCGGGGCUUUCUGGGUCGGCAUCGGCAGCAUCGUCACCCGCAGCUCUGGCGCUAAGCGGCUGCCGCCCAGCUGCCACAUCAACACAACCGCCGCCUUUCAGACGGCGAUCGGCAACGUGACGAGUCGGCCCACGGGGCUGCACAGGUUUUACUCUCUGUCCUACAUGUGGUACGCCGGCUUCAGCUGCCUGAUAGUCAUCCUCGUCGGGCUGACCGUCAGCUUUCUCACAGGCCCAAUGAAAGAAGGGGAGGCGACACCUGGAACAGUCUAUCCGUUGUUAGGAAAGCUGCUUUUUUUUCUGCCCGAACACAGGAAGAAGAACGUCUGCUGCGUGACUCCUCUGAGACCGGCCAUCCCAUCCCCACAAGGGCCACGUUCACACAAAGAAAGCAAUGGAACCACCAGUGGGCAACACACACCAUCGCAGCAGCAGACAGAGCGUUUGCUGCCUGACGCCGACUCCCGUGUUAUCGAGUACGAAACAGCGGUGUGACGUCGAAGUCGUCCACCCUCGAGGACGGAAAUCUCUCAGAACAUAAAGCACUUGGAGCGGAGUUCUGCAUUUGCAUGUAGAUUACAAUGCGUUUGUCGUUGUGAUGCCUUUCCUUCGGGGUGAGGGAUUUUUAUCAGGUUUGCACUUUGAGCCACAGAAGCAGCAGCAGCAGCAGCUCCAGACUGAUGUUUUUUUUUGUGAUUGAAUGAUUCGCAGCGGAGAAGGUUUUGUAGAUCUCAACAGUAUGUUUCCGUUCCAGUCAGCUGCUUGAAUGUUUCAAUAGAUUGCCUUUAUACUUGUGAAAGUGCACUAUGAUGUUACAUAAAAAUCGAAGAUUAAUGAGCUGAUGAGCAAGUUGAUCCUUUUUAGACAUUAAAAAAAAUGUAUUUUAAUAUUUGAGAAGCACUACUACAUCAUACAUCAGAUUUCAGGUUUUAUUUGAAAGCUGACCCGCUGGUCACGAUUUUUACUCUCUACAAUUUUGCUAUUGACUGUAACACAAGCACCAACAAAUUGUGCUGGAGUCUCUUUUAUCAAGGUGCUAGUUUUCAAUGCAACAGAAAAGGAGGAACGGUGCAAGGUUGUUUCCAUUUAUGCAUUGUUGCAUAUAUGCCUAAUCCUUGACAAAACUAGGUGGAGUAAAGUUGAUGUGUUUAUAGACCAAAAAUGUUCAAUUAAUUUCGGAGUACGUGAUUGAUCAGAGACGAUCCACAACAAACUGGCAGAUUCAAGUCUUUUUCCGAUUAUUUGUUGCAUCUCUACUACUAAAGCUGUGAGACUUGGCACCCCAAUUACUUCUCUGACUGUGUCCUGGAAUUAAGACUGUAAAACCAAUUUUCUACAUAAGAUUAAAAAUUUGUAAUAAAAAGUG